GGGCAGGUCACACGGGCUGAAACCAGCUGAUGUGAGUGGGUUUUGGAGGACUGGAGGGUUAUCAGGCACCUCAGCCUGAUGUUGGCGAUUUGACACCCCCAACUCCUGUCAGUAGGAGAGGCUAGAAGCUGCACAGUUCCUUAGUACAAAGUUGAGUCUAAAGUACUUGGGAGGACUCCGUACAAGCAGAAUAGGAGUGUGGUUUUCCACAGUGAUACCCAUGUAUUCAGUAUUGGCAUUUCUAAAACUUCAGCUCUUUGACCUCUUAUUUGCUCAUCAAGAUUUGUGGUCUAGGUCUAAUGUUAGUACUACCCUCUGACACCUACUUGGAGUUUUGCUGCACUGGUUUAUACAAAUAAGCCAUGAAAAGCUGCAUUUUGCCUUUGUGUACCCUAGAUAACAGUGGAGGUCCUUAGGGCUUAUGGGGAAUCUGGUGUCUAGCUGCUCUCUGGUUAUCAACAAGAAUUGUGGCUCAAUUGAGACACUUGCUCUUCCCACCCACAGAAACCACCUGAAAAGAAGUUUCCUCAGCUGGUCUUUACCCUCAGAUCACUUCAUCUGUGUGUUUGCUAAGUUUUCUGUUGCUAAAGGGCCACCUUAACAGCUUGCCCAUGGAGCUCACUGCUGUCUCUUCCAAGACCUUUCCUAUUGUAUCUGCUGAAAUGUUUUCUGAUUAUAGGAGGAAAGAGCUGGGUGUGCUCUUCCUCAUCCUACAGGUCUGCAAUGGUUCCACCAACUAUGCUUGGAGCACCCUGGCCCACCCCACCCCUCCCCUCCCGGGGGUGAACAAAGUACUGGCCACUGAGAUCAGCAUGGCAAGCAAUGGUUAACUACUGGCAUCAUCAACUUCUGGCUUCCUUUGCCCCUGGCGCCACAGCCCUGCCUUUCCAACUUGGCUGCCCAGAUGCCCACAGCAGAAGGUUGGACCUAGUGGCACAAAGGAGCUUAUUCUGACUAAACUGCAGGUGCGUUAUCCCAGUGCCUGAACCAGACCCAGCCAGGUCUCACUGCGUUCAUAGCCACGAUUCUCAAGGCCUUUCCAGGACUACUACCUGAAUGCAGAGAAUGCUGGAGAUGUGGGUUUUGGACAGGGAUCAGGAAUGUCAACUCUGGGCCCCAGUCAGAAGACAACAUGGCAGGGGAUAGGAAAAAUAUACAUAAAAAACCCGCUGGGUCAAGAUCCCGGAUUUUGACACCCAUGGACAAUCAGCACUGGUUCCAGCACCCGUAGAAGAAGUUAGCCAGAUCCGGAGCACCUAAAACUAGACUGAAAGCACAAGGCCCAGUCCACUGGGGCCGCGAGGUGGCGCCAAGGCGCGCUGUCCGACCCACUCCUUUUCUCGCAAGGAGAUCACGUGGCACAAGGCGGCGCAACCCGAUGACGGACGCCCAGAGUAGCCCUCUCCCCGCCCACAGAAGUCACGUGGUAAGUCCGGCGCAGCCUGACAACGCAACGCCCAGCCCCUCGGCGCCGCUCCCGCCCCGCCCCGCCGCCACAGCCGCGCCGAGUCCUUUUGUCCAAGAUGGCGGCGCCGGGGGCGCUGCCUCCUGGGCCGCGGCUGCCGCCGCCACUGUGAAAGGCCUACGGGCCGCCCGCCCGCCGCGCCGGCGCCAUGAAGCGGCAGAGCGAGCGAGACUCGAGCCCGAGCGGGCGUGGCUCGUCAUCGUCGGCAAAGCGGCCGCGGGAGCGCGAACGGGAGGCGGAGGCGGGCGGGCGGCGAGCGGCGCACAAGGCCUCCGGCGGCGGCACCAAGCACCCUGUUCCAGUGCGAGCCCGCGACAAACCCCGCGGUAGCGGCGGCAGCGGCGGCGGCGGAGGAGGAGGAGGAGGGCAUCGCGACGGCCGGGGCGCCGGCGACGCUAAUCACCGUGCGAGCAGCGGGCGCUCCUCAAGCUCUGGCGCCGGCGGUGGGGGACGCGGCGGCAAGGCCCCGGGGGACCCGGGCGCCUCGGGCGCGUCGCCCCGCGCGUCUCCACUGCCGCCGCCCCCACCGCCUCCCGGGGCUGAACCUGCGGGUCCCGGCUCUACGGCCGCACCGGAGUACAAGACGCUACUCAUCAGCAGCCUGAGUCCCGCGCUGCCUGCCGAGCACCUGGAGGACCGGCUCUUCCACCAGUUCAAGCGCUUUGGCGAGAUCAGCCUACGCCUGUCGCACACUCCAGAGCUGGGCCGCGUGGCCUACGUGAACUUCCGGCACCCGCAGGACGCACGCGAGGCCCGCCAGCACGCCCUGGCCCGCCAGCUGCUGCUGUACGACCGCCCGCUCAAGGUAGAGCCGGUGUACCUGCGCGGGGGUGGGGGCGGCGGCGGUGGCGGGAGCAGCCGGCGAAGCAGCAGCAGCAGCGCUGCUGCCUCCACGCCACCCCCUGGGCCGCCAGCGCCCGCCGACCCGCUCGGCUACUUGCCGCUCCAUGGAGGCUAUCAAUACAAACAGCGCUCACUGUCCCCGGUAGCCGCCCCGCCCCUGCGGGAACCCCGUGCCCGCCACGCUGCUGCAGCCUUCGCCCUGGAUGCUGCCGCCGCCGCUGCUGUGGGUCUAUCCCGGGAGCGGGCCCUGGACUACUACGGACUGUAUGAUGACCGCGGGCGCCCCUACGGCUACCCGGCAGUGUGUGAGGAGGACCUGAUGCCCGAGGACGACCAGCGGGCCACUAGAAAUCUCUUUAUCGGGAACCUGGACCACAGCGUGUCUGAGGUGGAGCUGCGACGGGCCUUUGAGAAGUAUGGCAUUAUUGAGGAGGUGGUCAUCAAAAGGCCUGCCCGUGGUCAGGGUGGUGCUUACGCCUUUCUUAAGUUCCAGAACCUGGACAUGGCCCACAGGGCUAAGGUGGCCAUGUCGGGCCGGGUGAUUGGCAGAAACCCCAUAAAGAUAGGCUAUGGCAAGGCCAACCCCACUACUCGCCUGUGGGUGGGUGGCCUGGGACCUAACACCUCGCUGGCAGCUUUGGCCCGGGAGUUUGAUCGCUUUGGAAGCAUUCGGACCAUUGAUCAUGUCAAAGGAGACAGCUUUGCCUACAUCCAGUAUGAGAGCCUGGACGCAGCCCAGGCCGCCUGUGCUAAAAUGAGGGGCUUUCCAUUGGGUGGUCCAGACCGUAGGCUGCGGGUGGAUUUUGCCAAAGCAGAGGAAACUCGUUAUCCCCAGCAGUACCAGCCCUCACCCCUCCCUGUGCAUUAUGAGCUUCUCACUGAUGGAUAUACCAGGCACCGCAACCUGGAUGCGGACCUGAGGGUGCGGGACAGGACCCCCCCACACCUUCUAUACUCAGACCGAGACCGGACCUUUUUGGAAGGGGACUGGACCAGUCCCAGUAAAAGUUCUGAUCGCAGAAACAGCCUGGAAGGUUAUAGCCGCUCUGUGCGCAGCCGUAGUGGUGAACGCUGGGGGGGAGAUGGUGACCGGGGCAUGCCGAAGCCCUGGGAAGAGAGGCGCAAGCGGAGGAGCCUUUCCAGUGACCGUGGAAGGACAACCCACUCUCCUUAUGAGGAACGGAGCAGGACCAAGGGUGGUGGGCAGCAGUCUGAACGUGGCUCAGACCGCACCCCUGAGCGCAGCCGCAAGGAGAACCACUCCAGUGAAGGGACCAAGGAAUCCGGUAGCAACUCCCUUAGCAACAGCAGACACGGAGCUGAAGAGCGGGGCCAUCACCACCACCACCAUGAAGCCCCAGACUCUUCUCACGGGAAGAAGACAAGAGAGAGCGACCGCAAUCAUCGGACCACUGAGGCCGAGACCAAGCCUCUUGAAGAGCCAAAACAUGAGACCAAAAAACUAAAGACUCUUUCAGAGUAUGCUCAGACACUGCAGCUAGGUUGGAAUGGGCUUCUAGUGUUGAAAAACAGCUGCUUUCCAACAUCUAUGCACAUCCUGGAGGGGGACCAGGGAGUUAUCAGUGGUCUCCUCAAAGACCACUCUUCCGGGAGCAAGCUGACUCAACUCAAGAUUGCCCAGCGCCUUCGACUGGACCAGCCUAAGUUGGACGAGGUCACGCGUCGCAUCAAACAGGGGAGCCCCAAUGGCUAUGCAGUGCUCCUAGCCACCCAGGCAACCCUUAGUGGGCCUGGCACUGAGGGGAUGCCCACCGUGGAGCCAGGCCUACAGAGGCGGCUUCUCAGGAACCUGGUCUCCUACUUGAAACAGAAGCAGGCUGCAGGGGUGAUCAGCCUGCCAGUGGGUGGAUCCAAGGGCAGAGACAGCACAGGCAUGCUCUAUGCCUUCCCUCCCUGCGACUUUUCACAGCAGUACCUCCAGUCAGCACUGAGGACAUUGGGCAAGCUAGAAGAAGAGCACAUGGUGAUAGUUAUAGUGAGAGACUCUGCCUAGCCCAAACCUGUCUUUUCCAGCUCCAUGUUUGUGUCACAAAAGCAGUUAUUUUAAAAUCUGAUCCCUUCUCAACCCUACUCCCUUGGUUUGAAUUCUCUGCUGGGUUAUUUUGGUUUAUUUGAAGGGGAACAAAGUUCUGUCCACCACUAAAACUAAGUUCUUAGAUUUGGGGGGGGUGGGAUUUUUUUUAAAAAAACAACUAUGAGAAGGGACUCUGUUACAUCGACUUAUAGUGUACAAGAUACUGUCUGCUGUAUUCUGUAUUUUUUUAUUUUUUGACUAACUGUAUGGAAAGUUGUCAGUAAAGCCUUUGUCAGAGGAUGGAUUUCUAA